CACCGCGUGCGACCGCGUCAGUCGAUCGUCCGAACGCGCGCAUGUACGUUUAUUUUAAUAACGACAAUAAUAUUUACUAAAAUAUUGUUGUUAUACUUUAAUAUAAUAUACUUCUACGACGUCGUGCCGUAAAACGCGUCGCGGUCCAACGGGAUUUUUAUUUACACGGUGAACUUCAAAUUUACGGACAACAUUAUUUUGUCUCCCCGACCUCAAGUCACAGUCGGUCAAACUGCCUAAGCCUAGCCACGAUCGUCACACCGACCGAUUUGAGGUGUAACUAAAUUAUAGGUUUUUCACGGAUAUCUACGUCGCUUGAGUCACGGAAAAAUAGGUUUUUCGAUUUCAGAACAGAACAACUCAAACUUGUGAACAAACUUUGAUGAGACAACCGUGGGUCAGAAUUCAAAGAGCCUCUGAAAACAACAUGCAGAUGAAAGUCAAAAGCUAAAUAACAACUGCGUAAAAAUAGAGAAAAAAUGGAUCAAAAUUCCUAUAAUCCAAACAGGAAGAAACCUCUCGAGAAAAGAUCGUGUACGGAUUGCUUGUGCUUCUUCGGUUUCGGCUUGUUCAUAGCUUGCUGGGUGGCGUUGGCCAGUUAUGCUUAUCAAAACUCAGACUUAGAGCUGUCACCGUCAGACUCAAACGGUCAAGUAUGCGGUCGAAACAAAAACGUGUCAAAGAAUCCAUACUUGUUCUUUUUUGACAUAACCGAAUGUACGUCACCAAUGAUUUUCGUCCACAGGUGCCAAACUCCUCAGGUAUGUGUGGAAAAUUGUCCAAACACAGAUUGGUCUGUCAAAGAAGUGUUGGACGCCAAAGAUCCAGUCGACUGGCCGACUGUACAAAAGGCCCUAAUAUGCGUCUCUCCCGAUCUCAACAAAUUGGUUAAUUCGAAGGAAGUACUGAAAAACUUUACAUCGUCUAACCAAUGUGCCAAAUAUUAUACUAAGAGUGAAAACUUGUUUAAUUAUUGCAUUCCUACGCUGAGCGGUGAUACAGAUAGUCUGAAACAAAUUCUGAAUUCUAACAAUAUCAUGAUGAGCAACUUCAUUGACGGAACUACUAUGGUCGAUUUGUUAAAAGUAUCGAAAGAAACCACUCUUCAUAUAAAAGAAGAUUUGGAAAAAAGCUAUGAACACAUUAUUGUUGGUCUGCUCAUUGCCAUUUUCUUCAGUCUUACCUACAUUCUGCUGCUAAGAUGGUUCAGUUGGAUAAUGGUUUGGAUGUCAUUGUGGGCCAUCGUGGGUCUAUUAGGUUUUGGUAGCUACGAAUCUUACGUGAGAUACGUGGCUUUCGGUGACGCCGAUUCUAUGACUACGAUGACGGAGGACGGAGAGCCAACUGAUAUUGCCACUGGCGGCGGCCGACAGAGUUGGACUAACUACGUAAAUUCCAAACUGAACAAAAAGUCCACUUGGUUGGUGUUCACUAUCGUGUCGACUGUCGCGCUGGUCGUUUUGCUGUUGAUAAUUAUAUUCUUGCGCAAACGGAUACGGCUGUCCAUAGCGCUCAUCGUGGAAGGAAGUCGAGCGAUACUCGAGAUAAAAUCAUCACUGGCGUUCCCCGUUUUUCAAUGGCUUUUGUACUUGGUGGUACUGAUUUGGUUUUUUGGCGUUGCCAUUUAUCUGUCGUCUAUGAAAUUGUAUGUUUUUAAAGUCAAAGGUCUCGCCAACGAUCACGAUUGUGUGUGUAACAACAGUUACUACAAGGACGGUGACUGGUGCACUGAGUCCAAAUGGGAAUGGUACUGUAGCGCAACCGGACGAAACAAUACCAUGUGCAAACUGGCCAAAUGUGCGUACGACCACAGCGUAUCACAGGACUUCAUCACUGGACUUCAGUUAUUUAACGUGUUCGGAAUGUUGUGGUUGAUGAACUUCGUAUCAGCCUUCUCCCAAAUGGUGCUGGCCAUUACGUUUACCUCGUGGUACUGGACGUUCCACAAGAAGGACUUACCGUUCUUCUCGCUCACAAGUUCCUUGUAUAAAACAAUCAGAUACCAUUUGGGAACUGUCGCUUACGGGUCUCUAAUCAUCGCCAUUUGCAACUUCAUACGUGCAAUACUUGAGUGGGUGGAAACGAAGCUAAAGAAGUACGACAACUCGUUUACCCGAGCUAUAUUCACAUGCAUGCGAUGCUUCUUUUGGCUGCUGAACAAGUUCUUGCGGUUCGUCAACCGGAAUGCGUACAUCAUGUGCGCCAUGUACGGGAAGAACUUUUGUACUUCAGCCAAACAGGCGUUCGACCUAUUGUUGAGAAACGUGAUGCGCUUGGUGGUUCUAGAUAAGGUGACUGAUUUCAUAUUUUUCGUUGGAAAAAUUGUCAUCAUGGGCACCACCAUCGCAGCAUUUUACUUCCAGUUCUAUGAACCAUUAGAACCGAUCAAAAAGUUUGAGUUCUUCAACCAACCAGUCCUCAAUUACAAGUGGCUUCCGAUGGUCAUCGUAGCCGCCAGUUCUUGGGUGAUAUCGUCCACGUUCUUCCACGUGUAUUCAAUCGCCGUUGACACUCUGUUCCUAUGCUUUUUGGAAGACUCUGAACGAAACGACGGAUCAGCUGAUCGUCCUUACUUCAUGUCGCGAAAACUGAUGAACAUAUUGGGAACGAAAAACAUGUUGUAAUUUUCAAUGCGAUGACAAAGCGUGAUAUGAUUUAAAUAUUUUUAAUAUGUCAUAUAUUGUACAUGUGGUCAUAAUAUACAUAAACCUAUUUAUAAAAAUAUAUUUGUGCUACCCACCUCCGACGCCACGUGUGUUCGUAAACAUAUACAAAUAUUAUUUACCCUAAAUAAUAUAUAUUAUAAUAUAUACUACAUACGGGUAUGUCAUAUACUGUUUCCUCCUUCCCCCCCCCCCAUGAUAAUAUUAUUAUAAUUCACUAUUUUAUUAUAUCAUUUUUGUAUUUAAUUGUAAUAUAAUAAUAUAAUAUAAGCACGAAAACCUCGCAGAGUGAUUAUUUUAUCGUGGACCAUGCUAUAUAAAUACUUCAAGAAUCACGAUUAUCAUUAUUAUUAUUUUUUAAUAUCCAACAACAUACUAAUUAAUAUUUUUCUAUGAUUACUCGUAUUAUAUUAUCAGUAUAUUUUGUUCUUGGAUGUUAAAAAAUCCAUCGUUUCUUCUAACAUGCUGCCAGAUGGGUCACGAUAAAAGCAUCGCCCUGUUAGAUAGCGUAUUGCUUAUCACGUUAUUCUAUCCUAAAUAAUAUUAAUUUUACCCCAAUCGUAGAACAUAUCGAUUGUAUGUGGUGAUAAUAUAUACCUAUAGCUGUAAGUCCUAUUCAUACCAAACUUUAAUGAUCAUAUAACAACAAAUAAUAAUAAUUUCGGAAGAGGAGGACCGCUGAAAAAUAAUAAGUUGUUAAAAGUAUAAUGAUUAUAUUUGAUUAUUUAGCCUACAAUAGUACAAUUAUACCUAAUAUACCUAUUAUUAUUACCAAACAAAUUAAACCAUAAAUAUGAUUGUUUAUUCGUGUCCAUCCUUUUUAGUCAUAUCACUCUAAACAUCCCAUUGUAUUAUUGUAAACCAUUUAAGUAGUAGAUAUAUAAUAGUGAUGUGGCAUACUAUAAGUAUGUAUUGUGAUUUAUCGACAAUUAAAUGAAGGAUACGGAUUUCCAUACAACAUUUUUAAGAUUUGGGGCUCAUUUUUGCAGCUGUAUAUCAUUAUUUACCUAACCCUAGGGUAUAACAUAAACUGUACCUACCUACAGUUUGAAUUAAAAAUAAAAUUAUAUAAUGUUAUUGUUUGAUUUUGUAUUUUAUCUUAGUUUUAUAAAUUUCUAAAUGUUGGCUAUUAUUUCAAUGUCAAAAAUCUAUGCCCCCAACCCCCACGUGAUAAUAUAUAUUAGAAUCUUUUAUACGAAUUACCUACGACGAGCUUAUUUAUAUUUAUAUUAAUUAUAUUGUACGCGCUUGAUAAUUUUAAAAAAAACAAACAAAAUGUUUUAAGGCUGUUAUAUAUUGUAGUGUACCAUAAUAUAUUAUAAUUAUACAAAUUAAAUACAAUAAAAAUCUAUAUUAUGAAUA